CCUUGUUUUAAACUGCUUUGACUAGUGCACUUUGAACCACAGAUUUUAACUGUACACAAUAGAUAUUACAAGUUUCAACGAUAACGUGAUCCAAACUUGGAGUUGGAUAACCAUAGAUUUGAGUUUUCAUUGCUUUCUAAUUUCUAACUUUUCCUCCAACAAUUUGAUUGAAACCGGGAGUUGAACAACAACAAUCAAUAAUCAACAUCGGUUAGCUUCGAAUCCAUUUUCAGCCUUGAAAUUUUCAGCUGAAAGUGACAACGUUUACUUCACGAGCCUAUGGCUACUAGCAUGAUGGAGAUAACAAAUGUCUCAGAAUAUGAAAAAUUAGCAAAAGAGAGGCUGCCAAAGAUGGUUUAUGAUUAUUAUUCAUCAGGUGCUGAAGAUCAAUGGACUCUUGAGGAGAACAGAAAUUGUUUCUCAAGGAUUUUGUUCCGGCCUCGAAUCCUCAUUGAUGUAAGCCAAAUAGAUAUGACAACUACUGUCUUGGGUUUCAAUAUUAGCAUCCCAAUCAUGAUUGCUCCUACUGCUAUGCAAAAAAUGGCUCAUCCAGAGGGAGAAUUGGCAACAGCCAGGGCAGCAUCGUCUGCUGGCACAAUUAUGACAAUGUCGUCAUGGGCAACAUCUAGUGUAGAAGAAGUUGCUUCAACUGGAAAUGGAAUUCGUUUUUUCCAGCUCUAUGUAAUGAGAGACAGGAAUGUUGUUACUCAGCUUGUUAAACGAGCUGAGAAAUCUGGUUUUAAGGCUAUUGCUCUCACAGUUGACACACCCAGGGUUGGUAGAAAGGAAGCUGAUAUUAAGAACAGAUUUACUCUACCACCAUACUUGACUAUAAAGAAUUAUGAUGGGCUGGAUAUUGGUAAGACGAAUCAGACAAAUAACUCGGCGUUAGGUGCUUAUGUAACUACUGAAGCUGAUCGCCAUGAUCCGUCAUUGAAUUGGAAGGACAUAGAGUGGCUUAAGACCGUCACCAAGUUGCCAAUUCUACUAAAAGGGGUGCUCACUGCUGAAGAUGCAAGACUGGCCGUACAAGCAGGUGUAGCGGGAAUCAUUGUCUCGAACCAUGGAGGUCGACAGCUUAAUUAUGUUCCUGCAGCCAUUAUGGCUUUAGAAGAGGUUGCGAAAGCUGUGAAGCGUCGAAUUCCUGUUUUCCUAGAUGGUGGUGUUCGUCGUGGCACCGAUGUUUUCAAAGCAUUGGCUCUAGGGGCAUCUGGAGUAUUUAUUGGUAGACCGGUCGUUUUUUCACUAGCCGUUCACGGAGAAGCUGGUGUGCGAAAAGUACUACAAAUGCUUCGUGAUGAGUUUGAGCUUACCAUGGCAUUGAGUGGUUGUCGAUCAAUCAAGGAGAUUAGCCGUAACCAUGUCACAACAGAAUGGGAAACUCCCCGGAUUUCCCCAAAGUUAUAAGUUCAACUAAUUAUCAUUAGUAGAAAAAAUAUUAUAUGCUACGGUUUUAAAAUUCUUUAUGAUAGUUUUUCACCCCAAGCAUAAUGUGUUCAUUUGUUAUUAUGCUAAUGAGUGUUGGGGCUUCUUGGUGACUAGGGGAUUGUUGUUAGAGACAAAUUUUUAUGGCUUCAACAAUGUUAGAAACAAAUGGUUUGUUUGGAUUGUUAAAUAAAGUUAUCAAAUUAGUAGAUUAAUGUA